UUUCCUUUCGGUGUGGUGAGUAAGCGCAGUUGUCGUCUCUUGCAGUGCCGUUGCUGGUUCUCACACCUUUUAGGUCUGUUCUGGUCUUCCGUUCCGACUCUCUCUUUUUCGUUGCAGCCACUGAAGAUCCUGGUGUCGCCAUGGGCCGCCGCCCCGCCCGUUGUUACCGGUAUUGUAAGAACAAGCCGUACCCAAAGUCUCGCUUCUGCCGAGGUGUCCCUGAUGCCAAGAUUCGCAUUUUUGACCUGGGGCGGAAAAAGGCAAAAGUGGAUGAGUUUCCGCUUUGUGGCCACAUGGUGUCAGAUGAAUAUGAGCAGCUGUCCUCUGAAGCCCUGGAGGCUGCCCGAAUUUGUGCGAAUAAGUACAUGGUAAAAAGUUGUGGCAAAGAUGGCUUCCAUAUCCGGGUGCGGCUCCACCCCUUCCACGUCAUCCGCAUCAACAAGAUGUUGUCCUGUGCUGGGGCUGACAGGCUCCAAACAGGCAUGCGAGGUGCCUUUGGAAAGCCCCAGGGCACUGUGGCCAGGGUUCACAUUGGCCAAGUUAUCAUGUCCAUCCGCACCAAGCUGCAGAACAAGGAGCAUGUGAUUGAGGCCCUGCGCAGGGCCAAGUUCAAGUUUCCUGGCCGCCAGAAGAUCCACAUCUCAAAGAAGUGGGGCUUCACCAAGUUCAAUGCUGAUGAAUUUGAAGACAUGGUGGCUGAAAAGCGGCUCAUCCCAGAUGGCUGUGGGGUCAAGUACAUCCCCAAUCGUGGCCCUCUGGACAAGUGGCGGGCCCUGCACUCAUGAGGGCUUCCAAUGUGCUGCCCCCCUCUUAAUACUCACCAAUAAAUUCUACUUCCUGUCCA